UGCACCGCGGCGCGCGGAGCCGGCCACAGGGAGCUCGGCGUGGACGCCGGGUGCGGCGGCGGGGCGGUGUGGAGCUCCGUGGGUGCUGUUGGCCGGAGGCGAAGAGGCGGGGUCGACAUGGAAGUGAAGGAUGCCAGCGCUGCGCUGCUCAGUAACUACGAGGUGUUCCAGUUACUAACUGAUAUGAAAGAGCAGCGUAAAGAAAGUGGAAAGAAUAAACACAGUUCUGGGCAACAGAACUUGAAUACUAUCACGUAUGAAACAUUAAAAUACAUAUCAAAAACACCAUGCAGGCACCAGAGUCCUGAGAUUGUGAGAGAAUUUCUCACAGCAGUGAAAAGCCACAAGUUAACCAAAGCUGAAAAGCUUCAGCUGUUGAAUCACAGGCCGGUGACUGCUGUUGAGAUCCAGCUGAUGGUGGAGGAGAGUGAAGAACGGCUGACAGAGGAGCAGAUAGAAGCUCUGCUCCACACCGUCACAAGCAUCCUCCCUGCGGGGCCAGAGGCUGAGCAGAAGCAAAAUACCAACGAUGACAUGACAAUGGACGAAGAGGACCCAGCAUAGAAGAGCACAACUGGCCCAAGUGUCUCGUGAAGUUGAAAGGCCCAGCAGCCAUUUCCCAGACAUUCAGAGGAUUAUUUAUUUGGUUUUACCUUCUAUCCCAACAGGCCUGAUUUCCUGGUUAGUUGGGUAAACCACAAAAAUAAGCCUUUCUCAAAAAUAAGCUAAAAAGAAAUCCUUGUGCCUCUGAAAGAAGAAACAUGGUGGAUAGGCUGAGGUUGUCAGGGCAGAGAGCUAAAGAGAGGAAGAGUGAGUCCAAGAGGACAAUACUGUGGAACUCUCUGUGGUAAAAAUAUUUCUUCUGUGGCCUUUGCCAUGGUUGUGGGAAGGUCCCUGUACACAGCUGGUAAAACACUUGCACUGGCUUUGAUGGGCUUUAUCCUAAUUAAUUUCAUCUGCUUCCCCAGGAACUUCCCAAGCAGGCAUGCAGAGCCCUGCUAGGAUGAGAGCUGAGUUACGAGAAUCCUGUUAGAUGGCUAAAAACUCCCAAAGCAGCAAAUAGUUGCUCUAAGUUAAAAUGAGCCACUGAACUUGGCUCACCUUAAAGGAGUCUUUUCCUUGAGAACAGCAGAGAUAAGAAGAGAACGGCCUGGACAACUCUUCAUCAGGUCUAAAGGCCCCUUUCCUCUGCUGGCAUGGGCUUUGUUUACAGCUCACUAAUUAGUCUUAAAUGUUAGGGCACCAGCUCACUCCAGUUGAAAAGAGGCACUCCAGACUGAAUGACCGUGUCACCUGCCUUUCUGAAUACCUUCAGUUUCCUGCCCUGUGACAGGCUCUGCCUGUUGAAGCCAGGUGAGCUUCAUUUGCACAAUGGGCAAAUUGUUUGCAUCUUUUAAAAAGGGCAAUUCCCUGGGGUUCCAGUGGUUAGGACUCUGCACUUUCACUGCUGAGGGCAUGGGUUCAAUCCCUGGUCGGGGAACUAAGAUCCCACAAGGUGCAAAUUGUGGCUCAAAACAAAAAAAACCCCAAAAUGAAGAAGGUACAGUUAUGUAGCUCUUUUUGUGGAUGGAAUAUGAAGAGCUAGAGGUUAAUUAAUAAGAAUUUGAAUUUGUUGACUGUUGCAUCAGUUUUUGAAUUUAGAAUAUUAGAAUAAUUACCAUGUGAAGAACUUGUUAAUAUUCAGGCUUUGGAGAGUUUAGUAGCCCCAGACAUGUAGUUGCCUUAGAUCCUAGGAAUAUUGUUAAAAAUUAAUUUCCCAUAUUCACUCUGCUCCCGAUUUGGGGAAGAAAAUGCCCAUAGACAUUAAUUUUUCAAAUUGGUACUCGUGUUGUAAGAUCACAUUUUCAGUGCUUCUGUUUAUUGGAUUACUUCCCACCCCUAGGAAUUCCCAGGUUAUUUCAGCUUCCCCACCACCCCUGCCAACAGGCAGUUAUGUUCAUCUUAACCUUAUCAUCUAAAGAUCAGUUGAGAUCUGCUUACAGGCAACAUUGAAAUUAACAGGGCAUUUAUUUUUUAUUUUAUAUUUUUUAAAAUUAAUUUUUAUUGGAGUAUGGUUGCUUUACAGUGUUGUGUUAGCCUCCACUGCACAACAAAAUGAAUCAGCCAUACACAUACAGGGUAUUUAUUUUUUUAUUUUUAUUUUUAUUUUUCAUGGCAGAAAGAAUUCAGUGAGAGACAAAGUGAUGGGUAAGAAGUGGAUUUAUUUAGAGAGAAACACACUCCCCAGACAGAGUGUGGGCCAUCUCAGAAGGGGAGAAAGGCCCAGGGCAUUUAUUUUUAAAUCUCUCUUUUGAGUAUCAGGAAUUUUACCAGGAGCUGUUGAUUUGUCAAGGCAUGCAUGUGCUUGUAUUAUUUUUGUUUCAUUUUGACCUUGAGUGUGUUAGGUGCUUUUUCUUCAUGGAUUUAGGGCUUAAUUAGUUAAUAAUAAAUUGUUUGCAGAUGACUGCCAACUUGUGCUAUUUUUAUAAAUCUUUGAAGAGUUUGUUUUGCCAUGGAUAGGAAGAAAUAAAAUGAAAUCUGACUUAAAAGCUAACAUAUAUAUAUUUUUUUUAAUUUUAAUUUUUUUCUUAAGUUGAAUCUAUUUAGAUCUAAAUUUUGUGUUGGAUUUCAAAAAAAUUUUAAGUUUCUUUAUUUGGGAUCUGAAUUUAGCCUCUGAUUAAGUUUCUGAUUAAGUCAGACAGGCUCUAGGAGACUUAACCUUUAUAAGAAAUAUGGUCUUUGUAAUAUUCCCAUAGCAUUAGUAAUCAACAUUUCAGAAAUAAAAGGUUGUAAUUUACACAAGAAACUUAACCAGGAUCAUAUCUGGAAAGGAGAGCUGGGAGUCUAUGAGACUUGCUUUUCAUUUUAUGUCCUUCUGUAUGGCUUCAGUUUUUGACCAGGUGACUGUUUUAUUCUUUAAAAAGAAAAAAAAAAUCUGUUUAUGUACACGUUGUCCUUGGCCUCUGCGAAAGUUAUUAAAUGUAUAGUGGAUAGUUAAAUUAUGUCCCAAACAUGGAGACUGACACCCAGUCCAGUCACUCUGGGAGACGCAGCACUGAGGGGAUUGAUCUUUCAAGAAGGUACCGCUGAACUCUUAAAAGAUGAAGUUGACUCUCACUUAGAGGUUUAUCCAAAUAAUUUCCUUGCCUCUUUUUGCUUAAAAGUUACUGUAUGACACACUACCACCUCAGAGGACUUGCCACUUAUUCAAGGCUUGUUCAUAAAAUAAUGGGUACUGUUUUCCUAAUCAGUCAUUGUGUAAGCAUACCAGCUCUCAAGAGCUUAUACCCUAGUGAGAGAUGAGAGGAUCAGUCCUCCUGUAUAUUCUUUGCUAAAUCAUUUUCUCCCCUGAAACCAAUUUAUUACUGCUCGUGUAAAUGGAUCAUUUCUCAGUAAACUAUAAAACAGACCACAUACCCUGAAAAGGAUUGUCAAUCUGAUUUAAUUACACAAUGAACUAAGGGGAUAAAAGGAAGCAAAACUGCCCAGAACUGGCCAGAAAGCCUUUUACAUAUUUUAAAAAUAAAGAUAUAAUUCACAGGGACUUCAUUGGCAGUCCAGUGGAAGCUGCACUUAGCCUUCCAAUGAGGGGGGUGUGGGUUUGUUCCCUGGUCAAGGAGCUGGGGUCCCACGUGCCUCGUGGCCAAGGGGCCAAAACAUAAAACAGAAGCAAUGUUGUAACAAGUUUAAUAAGGACUUAUAAAAAAGAAAAAUGUUCCACAUCAAAAAAAUCUUUAAAAAAAAGAUAUAAUUCACAUACCAUAAAAUUUAUCAUUUUAAAAUAUACCACUCAGUGGUUUUGAGUAUAAUCACAAGAUUAUACAAUCAUCACUACUACCUAAUUCCAGAAUGGUUUCAUCACCCCUAAAAGAAGCCCCAUAUCUGUUAGCAGUCAUUCCCAAUUACCCAUAGUCCCUGGCAACCAGUAAUCUACUUUCUACUUUCUGUCUGUCUGUAUUUGCCUAUUUUGGACAUUUCAUAUAAAUUGAAUCAUACAGUAUAUGGCCUCUUGUAUCUGACUUCUUUCAUUUAGCAUAAUUUUUUCAAGGCUCAAAUAUGUUGUACCAUUCCUUUUUAUGGCUGAAUAAUACUUCUUUGAAUGGAUAUACCACAUUUUGUUUAUCAGUUCAUCAGUUGAUAGACAUUUGGGUUGUGUCUACUCUUUGGCUGUUAUGAAUAUGCUGCUGUGAACAUUCAUAUAUAAAUUUUUUGUGACUGUUUACCUUUCUUGAAUAUACAUACCUAGGAGUGGAAUUGUUGGGUCAUAUGGUAACUCUGUGUUUAACUUUUUUUUUUUUUUUUUUAGAUUAAUUUUUUGGCCAUGCCUUGUGGCAUGCAGAAUCUUAGUUCCCCAACCAGGGAUCAAACCCAUGCCCCCUGCAGUGGAAGCACAGAGUCUUAACCACUGGACCGCCAGGGCAGUCCCUGUGUUUAACUUUUUGAUGAACUACCAAACUGUUUUCCAUAGUACAUGUACCAUUUCAUGUUUCCACCAACAACACAAGAUGGAAUCCAGGGAAUUCCCUGGCGGUCCAGCGGUUAGGACUCGGCGCUUUCACUGCCAUGGCCAGGGUUCAAUCCCUGGUCAGGGAACUAAGGUCCCGCAAGCUGCGCAGCAUGGCCAAAAAAGAUGGAAUCCAAUCUUUCACUUGUUAUUGUCCCUCUUGUUGAUUAUAGCCAGCCUAGUGUUUGUGAAGUGCUAUCUCGUGGUUUUGAUUUGUAUUUCCCUAGUGGCUACUAAGGUUGAGCAUCUUUUCAUGUGCUUAUUGGCCACUUGUAUAUCUUAUUUGGAAAAAUGCCUAUUGAAAUCCUUUGCACCUUAAAAAAUUAAUAGAUUUUGUUUUUUCAAGGAGUUUUAGGUUUACAGAGAAAUUGAGCAGAAAGUAGAGAGAGUUCCUCUAUAGUCCCUUGUCCCCACCCCUCCCAACACACAGUUUCCCCUAUUAACAUCUUGCAUUAGUGUGGUGCAUUUGUUAUAGCUGAUGAGCCAGUAUUGGUACAUUGUUACUAAAGGUCCAUAGUUUACAUUAGGUUCAUUCUUUGUGAACCUAAUGUAAGUGCAGAAAGUGCAGUAAUGCAUACUUAGAAUGGGUUUUGACAAAUAUGUAAUAUUAUAUAUAUAAUGUUAUAUGUGACAUCAUUACAGUAUCAUCAGAAUAUUUUCAAUGCCCUAAAAAUACCCUAUGUUCCACCUAUUCAUCCCUCCUUCCCUUCCUCUAAAUUGUUGGCAACCACUGAUCUUUUCACUGUCUUCAUAGUUUUGCCUUUUUCAGAAUGUCGUAUAGUUGGAAUCAUACAGUAUGUAACCUUUUCAGAUUGGAUUUUUCACUUAGGUUACUCCAUGUCAUUUCAUAGCAUGACAGUUCAUUUCUUUUUAGUAUUGAAUAAUAUUCCAUUGUCUGCAUCUACCAGAUUGUUUAUCCAUUCACCUAUUGAAGGAAAUCUUGGUUACCAUCAAGUUUUGGCAAUUAUCAAAAAUAGCUGCUAUAAACAUUUGUGUGUAGGUUUGUGUGGACAGAAGUUUUUAACUCAUUUGUGUAAAUACCAAGGAGUGUGAUAGUUGGAUCAUAUGGUAAGAGUAUGUUUAGCUUUAUAAGAAACUGCCAAAUUGUCUUCCAAAGUGGCUGUACCAGUUUGCAUCACCACCAGCAUGAAUGAGAGUUUCUUUUGUUCCACAUCCUCACCAGAAUUUGGUGGUGUCAGUGUUUUGGAUUUUGGUCACUCUAAUAGGUGUGUGAUAUUACACAUUGUUGUUUUAAUUUGCAGUUCCCUAAAGACGUAUGUUCAGCAUCUUUUCAUAUGUUUAUUUGCCAUCUCGCUGUCUUUUUUGAUGAAGUGUCCCGAUCUCUUGCUCAGUUUUUAGUUAGGUUGUUGAGAUUUAAGAGGUUUUUAAAAUAUAUUUUGGAAACUAGUUCUUUAUCAAAUAUGUGUUUUACGGAUAUUUUUCUCCCAGUCUCUGUGGCUUCUCUUUUCAUUCUCUUAAUAGUAUCUUUCACAGGGCAGAAGUUUUAAUUUUAAUGAAGUCCAUCCUAUCCAUUUUUUCUUUCAUGGUUCAUGCUUUUUUUUUUUUUUUUUUUUGGCCUCACUGCGUGGCAUGUGGGAUCUUAGUUCCCUGACCAGGGAUCAAACCCACUCCCCCUGCACUGGAAGUGCAGAGUCCUAACCGCUAGACUGCCAGGGAAUUCCCUCAUGGAUCAUGCUUUUGAUAUUGUACCUAAAAGGUCAUCAUGAAGCCCAAGGUCACCUAGAUUUUCUUCUGUGUUAGCUUUUGGAGUUUUAUAGUUUUGCAUUUUACAUUUAGGUCUAUGAUCCAUUUUGAGUUAAUUUUUGUAAAAAGUCUACAAAAGCCACAGGGGUGGGGAGAGUGCUGUGCCUCGUGGCAUGUGGGAUUUAGUUCCUCGACCAGGGAUCAAACCUGCUGUCCCUGCAGUGGUUGCAUGGAGUCUUAACCACUGGACUGCCAGGGAAGUCCCUACAUUCAUUUUUGCAUGUGAAUAUUCAGUUGCUCCAGCACCAUUUGUGGAAAAGACUAUCCUUUCUCCAUUCAGUUGCUUUUGUUCCUUUGGCAAAGAUCGGUUGAUUUUCUUUGUGUGGGUCUGUUUCUAGGCUCUAUUUUGUUCUAUUGGUCUGUUUUCUAUUCUUUCACCAAUAUCACACUGCCUUGAUUAUUGUAGCUUUGUAUUAAAUCUUAAAGUUAUGUAGCAUCAGACUCCUAGCUUUGCUCUUCUCCUUUGCCCAUUUUUAAUUGGGUUGUUUGUCUUUAUUUUUGAAUUGUAAGAUUUCUUUAUAUAAUCUAGAUACUAGGCCCUUGGCAGAUAUAUGAUAUACAGUUAUCUUCUCCCAUUUUUGGGUUGUCUUUUCACUUUCUUGAUGGUGUCCUUUGGAGCACCUAAGUUUUUAAUUUAGAUGAAAUCCAGUAUAUCUCUUUUUUGUUGCUUUUGCUUCUAAUUUUGGCCUCAUAUCUAAGAAUCCAUUGCCUAAACCAAUGUCAUAAAUAUUUGCUCCUGUGUAACUUCUAAAAAUUUUAUACAUUUAGGCCUUCAAUCCAUUUGAGGCUAUUUUUGUAUAUGGUGUGAGGAGGGAGUCCAGCUUCAUUCUUUUGCAUGUGGAUAUCCAUUUAUCCUAGCAUCAUUUGUUGAAACCUGUCCCUGUUCCCCCCCACCCCCAAGUAUUCUCUCCCUGAAAAGAAAGUGACUAAGUUUCAUCGGUUGGUUCCUGUGGACUACUGAGUUAUCUGUCAUCUUAGGCCCUUAUUAAAUGUUAUGUAAUCCACAGCAGCCUCUAGCCCCUUUAGACUUCACUCUACUGUUUAGAACAGGGAUCAGCAAGCCUCAUCUGUAAAGGGCCAGAUAGUAUUUUAGCCUUUGCAGGUCAUAAAUUACCAUCACAACUACUUAAUUCUGCUGUUACAGCAUGAAAGCGGCCAUGGACAAUAUAUAGAUGAGUGGGACUGUGUUCCAGUACAACUAUUUACAGAAUUGGGCAGUAAUCUGUAAUUUGCUGAUCCUUGUUUAGAUGGUUCCAGAGUGGGGAGGAGAAGGUUCCCUCUCCACCGAUAAUCUUCCUCAUGAGGUCCUCAGUGUGUUCUGUAGGACAUCUGCACUCUUCCCAUGGAAGCUUCAAGAGCUGGCAUGCUGAAUCCUGGUGUAGAUUCUACCCACUAGCAUGAUGCAGAAGUCUUAGAGUGUGUUUAGUCUUGACUGUCUUACCUGCCACACACUAUGGGGCUGGCUUGAGGAUUCUGUGUUCAGUCACAUAAGCUAUAAUUUUAGGUUCAGCAAAGGUUUGUUGAGCAUAUAGUAUGUGCCAGGUUCAGUGGUAUAUCCUUGGGCCAUAGAGUCAAACCUCAAGUUGCAUAUGGCUUGCAAGAUAAGACAGGUUAAUUAAUGCUUCCACUGUUUUCUCUUGAUCCAUUGUGUACCCUGUCUGUACUUAAUAUACCUAAAAUAGUCUUUCUUUACAUCAUACCCUCAGCUCAAAAACUGAAAGUCUUCCUAUGACAUUGAGAAUAAAAAAAUCUAUAUGACAUGAGCAAAAUGGAGAGCUAGGAAGCUCCAACCUCUUGUUCCCCAACAGAGACAUUAAAAACAACCAAAAGCUAGCUAAAGUGAGCUUGUGGGAGCUCUGGAAAACAGUCAGAGGCCUACAGUAACCAAGAAUGGCCUAUCAAGAAAAAGCGACAUUCAAAAUGAUAGAAAAUUUUGUGGAAUUUUUGCUCACCCUUGUCCCCUCACUUCUGGGCAAUCUUGCUCUGGAGGAGACAGAAGCCCAUUUCUCAGUUCCCUCUUCAAACUGAAGGGAGCAGAGCAAACCUUAUUUGCAAUAUUCUAACUUGUCUGGGAGCUGCCUGAAGAACUAGUUUCUGUUUCUCCUAAUUGGAUCUCUGCAGGGGAACUCAGUAGAAAGUGACAGUAAUUGCUUAUAAAAUCAGUAGAAUAAGACUCACAGACACCUAAGACAAGACAUUGUGGGUGGAGACAUACGAUAGACUAUCUAAGGCCCCAAGGAGAAAUGAGUAAGACUCUGCAUAAGACAAAUAAAAGCAAUUUUUAUAGAGAGAAAUCACAAAAGGUACACAGAUCCAGGUGAGAUGUAUGCUAAGAAAACAUCUGAAGACUUUAGCUUUCUACUUUGGCUGAUCCUAAGGCUCACAACAUACCUUAAUCAGUAAACGAUUUUGCUGGCAUAGACCCAGUUUGCCAAGGCUAGGAGAGGUGGUGGUUUUUUCAAAUGCCCAAUUUUCAACAACAAAAUAAUUGCAAGGAGCAGGAUAGCCUGGCCUAUUCAAAGGAAGAAAAUGAAGUGCAGGAACCUUCCCUGAAGAAACAUAGGUAUCAGACUUACUAAAUAAAGACUUUAAAACAACUGUCUGAAAUAAGCUCAAAGAGUUAAAGGAAGACAGACAAAGAACUAUAGGAAAUCAGGAAAAUGAUACAUGAACAAAAUGAGAAUAGUAGCAAAUUAUAAAAAGGAAACAUUCUGGAGCUGAAAAAUACAAUAACUUAAUUGAAAAUUUCACUGAGGGUUCAACAGCAGAUUUGAGAAGGCAGAAGAAAGAAUCAAACAGAUCCUUAGGGACUUACGGCACAUCAACAAGAGGACCAAUAUAUGUAUAUAUGCAAGUACCAGAAGAAGAGAGAAAGAAAAAGAGAUUAUUUGAAGAAAUAUUGGCCAAAAACUACCCAAAUUUGUGAAGACAUGCAUCUACAAAUCAAAGAAGUUUAAAAUCCAAGUAGGAUAAAUCCAGAAAGACCCACACCAAGACACACUGUAAUCAAACUAUAGAAAAAUAAGGACAAUGUUGAAAGCAGCAAGAGAAAGGUGACUCGUCACGUACAAGGGAUCAUCAAUAAGAUUAUCAGUUAAUUUCUCAGCAAAAACUUUGGAGGCCAGAAGGGAACAGGAUGAUGUAUUUAAAGUGCUGAAAGAAAAAAAAAACAACUUUGAACUGAGAAUUCUAUACCUGGCAAAACUAUCCCUCAAAAAUGAGAGAGAAUCACCUCACACCCAUUAGAAUAGCUACUGUAAAACAAAACAAACAAAAUAAUAAAUGUUGGGGAGGAUGUAGAGAUUGGAACCCUUCUGUACUGUUGAUGUAAAAUGGUGUAACAUAUAGAAAACAGUAUAGCAGGACCUCAAAAAAAUAAGCAUAGAAUUAUUGUAUAAUCCAGCAAUUCCACUUCUGGGUAUAUACUCAAAGAAUUGAAAGCAGGAUCUAAAAGACAUAUUUGUACACCCAUGUUCAUAGGAGCAUUAUUCUCACUAUCCAAAAGGUGGAAGCAAAACGAAGUGUCCAUUGACAGAUUAAUGGAUAAACAAAAUGUGAUCUAUACAUAUACUGGAAUAUAAUUCAGCCUUAAAGGAAAACCUGACACAUGCUGCAGCAUGGAUGAAACUUGGGGAUAUUAUGCUAAGUGAAAUAAACCAGUCACAAAAGGACAGAUACUUUAUGGUUCCACUUAUAUGAGAUAUAGUCAAAAUCAUAAACACAAACAUAGAAUGGUGGUUUCCAGGGACCAGGGGGAGGAGAUAAUCAGUUGUUGUUUAAUGGUUAGAGAUUUCAGUUUUGCUUGCAAGUUGAAAAGAGUUCUGGAAAUUCAUUGCACAGCAAUGUAGAUGUAUUUAACACUAAUGAACUGUACACUUAAAAAUGGUUGAGAUAGUAAAUUUUGUACUUUUCCACACAAAAAAAUACUUUUUUUUAAAUAAAUUAUUUUAUUUUAUUUAUAUUUGGCUGUGUUGGCUCUUCAUUGCUGCACACGGGCUUUCUCUAGUUGCGGUGAGCAGGGUCUACUCUUCGUUGUGGUGCAAGUGCUUCUCAUUGCAGUGGCUUCUCUUGUUGCAGAGCACGGGCUCUAGGCAUGUGGGCUUCAGUAGUUGUGGCACAUGGGCUUAGUAGUUGUGGCGUGCAGGUUCUAGAGUGCAGGCUCAGUAGUUGUGGUGCACGGGCUUAGUUGCUCCAUGGCAUGUGGGAUCUUCCCAAAGCUGAGCUCGAACCCGUGUCCCCUGCAUUGGCAAUUCUUAACCACUGCGCCACCAGUGAAGCCCUCUUCUAUGGUUUCUUUAAAAAAUUUCCUCCUAUUUUCCUUAAGACAUUUUUCUUUAAAUUGCAUUUAUUUAGUCUUAUGUUUCCUCUAAUUUAGUCUUCA